AUGUCUGUCGCCAAGGCACGCUUGCAGCUUGCAUUCAUGUGGGUUUUCUGCUUCUUUCUCGAGCAAGUCGGGCAUAUGGACUGUGCAGAAGAAGAAACUGCCAAUUAUCACCUGUGGAUCACAUACCACCGCCUCCGGAUUACUACCGCCUCUGGAUUACUGCCGCCUCGAGAUUCCCACCACCUCCAGAUGCCCACCGCCUCCAGAUACCCAUCGCCCCCAGAGUACCACCGUCUCCAGAUUCCCACCGCCUCUGGAUUCCCACCGCCUCCAGAUUCCCACCGCCUCUGGAUUACCACCGCCUCUGGAUUACCACCGCCUCUGGAUUACCACCGCUUCUAG